CCUUCCAACUGAUCUCGUUUCAAGAUGGCGGCCAAGAGUAGGAACGUGAAAUAUGUUCAACAAGAUGAACCGUCAUUUUUAAAGAAAUUCAAGGAGCGUGUUGGCUACAAAGAACAGGCAAAUAUCAGUGAUAAAUUUUCUGACGAAGUAGACCGUUUGAAAAACGAAAGCGAUGAAAAUGAGCAAGAAAACGAAAAUGAAGAACCAGUUGUUGUUGUAUUGAAACCAGGAGAUAUGACUGCUGAAGAAGUCGCGAAGUUUAAGGAAGAGAACAGCAGUGAAGAUUGUUGGGACAGUAAAAAUGAUAAACCUAUAUUUAAAAAGCCUGACAAACGACCAACAGAUGGGAAAGAUGGAAAGAAGAAUGUUAAGAAAAAGAAAGUAGAUAUUAAGGCAGUGAAGAACAGCAAGUUGUUGUCAUUUGAUGAGGAGGAUGAUGAGGGGUGAUUGAGGAUUGUCAGGUAAAGAUACCUAGGAGCAACAAUAGAUAGUAUAGGACACUGAGAGAGUCCACUGCACACAGACCUGUACUGAGAGAAUCAUUACCUUUGUAUGCCCUAAGAUCAGGGAAUGAGGAACUACAACUCUUUCUCAAAUACAGAUAUGCAUAAUAUCCACCAAGAUAAGAUAAAAUGAUUAAUGGCAGUAAAUAUCAAAGAGUGGCAGGCAGAUAAAGAACACAUGCAACUCAUACCAAGUAAAAAUGAUCUAUUUUCUAGUAUUAUGGUCAAUGCUAGAAGCAUGAAUGUAGAAAUUACAUUACAACACUAGAGAUGUGAUAAAUGUACAAUAUUCCUUUCC